AUGAUAGGCCGCAGGUCCACCUCCGCCAUCCGCUCGCUCUUCUCCAACGCCGCGGCCGCCUACCACGACCGCAUCGCCGCGCUCGGUGAGGGCAAGCCUUGGACCGACCCGCCCGUAGUCAAGGAGACGCUCGGAUCUGGCGCACCCACCCCGCCUAGGAAGCCACCCUUGCAUGCCUCUGGAGGCGGCGGCGGGUGGGACGACUGGGAUGAUGAUUUUCGAUCGGACAUGAGGCGGAAUCAGUCGGUUGGAUCAUUCGGCGCCGCGGGGGCGCAGUCAGGGAGGCAGCCGCCGAGGUCCAAAUCAACACAGGACAUCUACACUAGGCAGCAGCUAGAGGCGUCGGCGGCUAAUAAGGAUGAUUUCUUCGCCAGGAGGAUGGCGGAGAACGAGUCCAAGCCUGAGGGUAUCCCGCCAUCCCAGGGCGUAAAGUACGUUGGGUUCGGAUCCAGCCCAGCGCCAUCGGCUAAUAAGAACGGCGGUGCUGCUCAGGGCGAUGUCUUGCAGGUCGUCUCUCAGGUAAAAAAAGAUCAUCUUUGUGCUAUCGCUGCGUGCAAUGAACAAAUCCACUUCACACGCUACUCAUCACAAAGAUAACGAACAUAGCAUAUUUUCCAUUGAUUGGAUAACAAUAUAUCAUCAAUUCGUAGGAAAACAGAACAAUUACUAUGGAGUAUAUGUUUGACUACAAUGGUAGGGCUCUGAAUUUUAUUCCUUGCUACUAUUCGGCAGUAAAAACGGAAGAUUUUACGACUUGUAAAUGUUGUUUCAUUACAUGCAUAAAUCAAUUGGUCUA